AAACAUCGAAUAAUUUUUUGUUUGCGUCAUAAGGACUAGCAAAUCAACGUCGACAUUUUACAGAUUGUAAUGAAACAUGGUGACUGGGUAUCGGUUUAAAAGCACAUGGGUUGGUGUACAAAGUUGGUGUACAUCAAAUAUGUACUUUUUAGUUUAAAUUCAUUUGUAUAUAGUUUAGAAAGAUUAUAAUUUUAUGUUGACACACACAUAUAUAUAACAAAAAGAAAUACUUCAAAAUGGCAAACGCAGAUCAGAAAGGAAAGAAACGACAAGCCGAGGAUAAUGCUAUGGAGGUCGAAAUAAUAAAUGGUAUUGAAGGAAAGAUUAAAUCUGUAUCAUCUACAAAAAGAGCCAGAAAAGUACAACGUGGUGAAUUUCGAAAGAUACCUGUACCUGCGCAUAGAUAUACCCCACUCAAGGAUAAUUGGAUGAAGAUAUUUACUCCGAUUGUUGAACAUUUACAAUUACAGAUACGUUUCAAUUUGAAAACAAGAAAUGUAGAGAUUCGUAUUGCUCCUGAAACUGCAGAUAUUUCUAAUCUUCAAAAAGGUGCAGAUUUUGUAAAAGCUUUUAUAUAUGGCUUCGAAAUAGAAGAUGCAUUAGCUUUAUUACGUUUAGAUGAUUUAUUCAUAGAGACAUUUGAAGUUCAAGAUGUAAAACCAUUAAAAAGUGAUCAUUUAUCUAGAGCUAUAGGAAGAUUAGCAGGGAAAGGUGGAAGAACAAAAUUCACUAUAGAAAACGUAACAAAAACAAGAAUUGUUUUAGCUGAUAGUAAAAUUCAUAUUCUUGGUUCCUUCCAAAAUAUACAAUUGGCUCGCAGAGCUAUUUGUAAUUUAAUUUUAGGAAGUCCACCAUCUAAAGUUUAUGGUCAUUUAAGGAAUAUUGCUAGUAGAAUAUCAGAACGAUUGUAAUAUAAUAACAGGAAAUUUAUAGAAAGUUUUCUUCUUUGUAAUUAUAUACAUAUAAACAUAUUAGAUAUAAUUUUGUUAAUACUUUAAUUAUAUCAGUUAAUAUUGCAGAUAUCAAUUAUUUAAAUGUUUAUGAGAGAAUUAACCCAAAAUAAAUUUUUGAGUUCUAAUAAAUAUUAUAUUCAAUUUAGAGAAUUAUUCGAUAUUUGUAUUUGCGUGGUACUUUAUUAAUUACUAAUCUGCCAUCAUAACUCAAUGAAGCAAAUGUCCAAGGAUCAGCAGAGGACCAUUCCACUGCAUAUACACUAUCUUCGUGUUCUUCAUAUCUUUCAACAACUCCAUCUUCUAAUCUAAAAUAUUUAUAAUAAUAUUAUAAUGUUACAUACUACUAUAUAAGUUAAAAAUAUUGCUUAAUUAUUAAAUAUACUUACUUAUCUUUUUGACAUA